UCCAUCCGAGCGAGGUCUUUGCCACCGUUACGUAGAGCUGCCGCACGGGAUUGUGGGCCUUUCUUGUCGUCCUCUGCCCGGCCUAUGGCAGCGCGAUGGGCAAGUGUCGUGGACUUCGUACAGCCAGGAAGCUGCGCAGUCACCGCCGAGAACAGAAGUGGCAUGACAAACAAUACAAGAAGGCCCAUCUGGGUACUGCAUUGAAAGCCAACCCUUUUGGGGGAGCUUCCCAUGCCAAAGGAAUUGUCCUGGAAAAAGUUGGCGUAGAGGCUAAACAGCCAAACUCUGCCAUCAGGAAGUGUGUCCGAGUUCAGCUGAUCAAGAAUGGCAAGAAGAUUACAGCUUUUGUUCCCAAUGAUGGCUGUUUGAAUUUUAUUGAGGAGAAUGACGAAGUCCUGGUUGCUGGCUUUGGUCGGAAGGGUCAUGCUGUUGGUGACAUUCCUGGAGUUCGCUUCAAAGUCGUCAAAGUAGCCAAUGUUUCCCUGCUAGCCCUGUACAAAGGCAAGAAGGAGAGACCCAGAUCAUAAUUCCUGUGAUGCUGUGAAUGGAUCUGAGAAAUAUUUUUACUUAAUAAGGUUUCCCCAAUGAGUAUUUUAUAAAAUGGAGUCUUGCCCAGAAUGUGUGUCUGUAUAAAUUUCUCAAGAUGCUUUUGAGUCGAUUCUUACAGAUUGUCCCAGAGUUGCUUUGAUUGUAAGAAAAUCCUGCUGAGUUCAAGAGAUCUUCAUUAGUUUGCGUCCAUCUGAGUACAGCUUGUGUUGUAAAUAAAGCUCCAUUUUGCAUCAAGAAAAUGAAAA